AUGAUUGACCACUGCCCUUAUGGCGUUGUCCUUGACCUGGACUUCUUGUCGAACCAUUCUGCUCUGAUCUAUUGUGCUACCGGCAUCCUUCAGCAAAAGCUUCCUCUUGUAGUCGCCACUCCCCGCACUGCCCCGCCGCCGCACCUGUGUUCUCUUCAGGAUCAGUCUUCGAGGAGGGCAAAAACACAGGACAGACGGCCGAGAGAGAAACAUGUGAAGCAAACAGGGGCGCCAUCACAAACAGGAAGCCAGCGAUUCGAGCAUAGAAGGAUCCUAGUGGUGGGGGACUCUAACGUGGCCAGGGAUAGGGAUGGCGUCUUGACGACAGUGAAGGAAGAUGGGAGGGUGACGGUGGAGGCCCAGUCAGGGAAGAGUAUGGUGGAUGCACUGGCUAACGCUCAGGAGGUUGUAGAGGACAGCAUGGAGGGCGAAAAUCUCGUCAUUAUUCAUGCUGGUCUCAAUGAUGUGUUGAAGGGCAGGGAUCAAAACCUUCACAGACAGUUAGAGGAUGGGAUGUGUAAGCUCCGAGAAGCCUCUGGGAGUGUGCAUGUGACCAUAUGCACAGUCCCAGAGGUCUGGGGGCAGUCUUGUGGUAUUGAAAGGAGGGUAGUGGAAACCAACUGUGUGAUCAAGGGUAUCAGCUGGAAACUCGAAUGCAGCGUAAUGGAAGGGAACCAAGACGUGUACGAGCCCGGCGCUCGCUUUUUUGCCCGGGAUGGAAUUCACUACACUGGUGCGACGGGAAGGAGGGUCGCUAAUAGAAAGCGUCGUCAAGCCACAGCUUUUUAA